GUGAAGCGGAAGAGGAAGAGCCGAAGAAGAAGAGAACAGCAGCAGCAGCAGGCAGCAGCAGAAGAAGAGAGGCCGUCGUCCUGCUCGGUAGUUCGCUGCUGCUUUGCUCGGUGGAGUUUCUCCUCACGGCGAUGAUUGACAGAGUCAGCAGAGGUUUACACGGGCAGCUCCGUUCACUCGCUUGGUUGUUAUCGUAACAGAGAAACCUACAGCAUGGCGAGUCCAGAAAGACCUCAUACAAGAACCGGAACAUCUUGUAUCGGCUUGUUGAGGAUUUUAUUUAUUGCUUUUAUUCACACGACGCGGGCCAAUAAACAAGGUUUGUAACUUAGCUGCCUAGCUAGCGCUAACUUCCGUGGACAUUUCUACCAAGUGUGGGGUUGAGGUAACCUCUGCGGGCCAACUUAAACACAGCUAGCCUGCUAACAUUUAUACGUGUUUAAUGUUGCUGGGCUGUAGACACUUUUCCUUUCCUGUGAAGCCAAAGUAAAUCCAUUGAACAGUUUAAAUUAGCGUCAGUUCAGAAUGAAAGUGCAGCCGUUAGUUAGCUAUUUCUGUACCGUUACCUUUAACGUUAGCUCCGUCUGUAGCAUGUUGUCAUGUUGUCAUCCUUAUAAGGUUAAAACAAGCCAACACUCAAACCAGCAGAAAGACUAAACAGUGCGAGGCAGAGGCAGGAAGAGUGGCUAGUUAGCAUCACUGAUAGCACUGGCAUUAGCUCCCUUGGGCUGAUGUCAGGUAUCUGGAUGCAGAGAUGACAGUUUACUAAAAAUAAAUGACAACACUUUGUCUCUGUCACUCAGGGGCUCGUCCACAUUGGUGGCCAGGGGUGGCUUGGCUCCCCUUUAAAAUGUAAAUGGCUUAUCCAGGUGCCAACAAAAAAUUCUAAACUCUGAUUGGCUUAUUGUCUUUUCAGAGGCAGGACUUAAGCCAUCAAGCAACAGGCUGCUGGUAGUUCGAUUCAUAGUUAAAUGCAAUUUAUUUCCCUGUAUUUUUACUUUUUGUACUUUUGAGAAGUAGAGGCUUUUUGAGUCCCUAAAGAAUUAACCUUCUGUUGGGUUCACCUUUUAAACUUUUAUGCCAGAACAUAACAUUUGUAUGAGUCUUACAGUAAGCAGGUAAAAUCAAAGUGAUAAGUUAAGGAAAAUAAAUGCCCUUCAUUUAUGAUAAGACUUACAGAUAAAUUGCGGACAAUCGCAAUAGUAGUGUAAGUGUGCAUGCGUGCCGUCGUCAUAUUGCCAGUCAUUUAACCUGACAUGCUGUCAGUGUUUUCUUACUUUUUAUAAGUAACUUUGGCCUGUUAUACAUUAAAAGUUUGCCUAGUAUCUCAGUAAUGCUGCUUGUGGCACAGGCUAUAUCAAUUUGCCACUUGAAUGUAGAUUUUAAAUAUGAAUAUAACACUGCUGCUGUCUAGGGUACCUUCACAAAUUCAAGAUCGGCCAAAAUGGGUUUUAGGACAAUGUAUUUUUGCUUGUAUAAGAAGGAAAGGAGUUGUCAUUUGUUUGGGAAAGUGACACAACUUAAUCAGAAGUCAGGCUAUUGAUGAUGCACUCUUAAGUCCACUGGCAUUUUUCAGCAACAUUUAUAAAGCCACUUCACUUGUACUCCCUUCCCUUUUGUGUCUGUAAUCAAGCCACUCCAGCCUGAUGAAAUGUAGAAAAAAUGUCUUACUGUUACUCACAGGGUUGCUAACUUAACUUCCUCAUUUGUGGCCCAGCUUGAAAAGAAAAUCAGUUUGAAACAGUCAGGUGACUUUUAUUUGUAAACGCCACCGAGGGCUUUGAUUUUGACCCUGGGUCGAUUCCAGCAUUGCACUGAUCUGCCAACAAGGCCAAAUGACAGCCGCAUGUUAUUUAUCCAGCUGAGUAAAGUGUCCAGCUGUCAAAUCUACUGAUCGUGUCAGGUCACAGUGAUAAGUCUACCAGUCCUGAGUGGACAGCUGCAGUUCACGUCCAAGAUAAGCUGUGCCAACUUUGAAACGUGUCUGGGGCUGAUAAAGUGUUUGCAGUGGUUCCACAAUUCAGACAUUUGCCCUACAAGAAAUGCACCAGAGUGAUAGAGUGUUAUUGGCAAAUACUGUAAAAGUCACAUUGUUGUAAAGUCACUUCCUUGCUGUUGAACUGUUGGUACAGAUUUUUUCUUUCUCUAGUUACAUGCCUGGAGAAAUGACACAAGAUUUAAAACUUCCACUUCUCUGCUUUGGCAAUCCUUUUGGUUGUUACCUACAGGCUGAAGUAACAAGCUGAGGUUGGCUGAGCAGCAAUGAAAGUCAUCGGAAACAGUUCAGUUUCACUUUGUGUAAACUUGUGAUUGGUGUGCUCCAGUUUAGCUUUAACUUUCCUGUGGCUUGCCUUUAUUUAGUCUCACGUUCUGCUGAGGCACAGUAAGAAAAGCGAUUUCUUCCUACUCUGUAAUCAGGAAAAAAAAAACAGGACUUGAACUUUUCCCUAUACCCUUAAAAAGAAACUAACCCAUGUCACAAAAGCUGUGUUGGCUGAGUGCAAUGGCUUGUGAAAUGUCUGAAGUGAAAUUUGACAGGAAAUGAAACCAUGAGUUGUAGCAUCAAGUGAUUAGAUCAUUUGAAUUUGCCGUGACUGUUUUAUCUAGGCCUGGGAGAUGCUUUAGACACAGUAUGUUGUAUGUUUAACUCGAUACUGUAUGUUCAUGAAGAAAAUGUCAUUCAGAGUUCAUGAUGAAUUCAAAUGUGAAAUGUUAAUUUUGACUAGUCAUGGAUGAUUGAAACUAUUAAUUGACUAAUUAGAUAAUAUCAGAUAACCAGUUGUACGAUUAGCUACUGUCUUAUGUUGAAAUUUAACAUUACUCAUUUAAAUUCUAAACAUACCAUUAAAAGUCACAGUCCAUGCAAGAUGGAUGUUUUAGCUGUCAUGUGUAGCAUUGUUACUAUGGUAACAUGGUGAGGUUUUGCUCCAUUGUUUGGAGGAAAGAAGGAAGAAAAAGGGAUGUGAAGAGGAGUUUUAUGAAGGUUUAAAGGCUCUGGCUACAGGCUGUUAAGUUAAACGUGUAGAGAAACACCCAACAUGUAUAAAUGCUGUGCUCUCAUGAUAAGUAAGUUCCUGUUUACAGAUCUUUUUGGCAGCUGUUUCUUUGCAGUGUUUCGUGUAAAAUGCCCCUGGACUUUAGAAAUUUUAAGAUGUGAUGGUGUUGUUUCAUUGGCUGCGAUGAUUUGAUGACCUGUUGCUUCCCAGUUGCUGUUUUGCAUGUGUCACUUUUAGCAAAGAUGGUAGGGAUGUGAGAUGUCUCACUCCCCGGCUAUUUAACUCUGUAAAAUUAUAUUAUGUCCACUCACAGCACAAAAACAGCCAAUGAGGUCAUUGGCCACGAAUCAUCAAGUUUAAUUUGUUCUUAACCUAUUUUGUCAUUGAUUUUUGUCAGCUGAGUAAACAAAGCACCCCACCCCCACCCCCCCACCCCCCACCCCCCCAAUUCAUUGGUGCUUAACUUGUUGUUUUGAACUUGUCCAAAGGUUUUUAAAAUUUCCUACAGAGGUCUCAUCCUCUUAAAAAUGAAUAAUCCUGAUGAUUUAAGCUGGUAAAAUCACCAGGAAAAUCAGCCUGAUGUUAAAACACAGGCUUUCCUGACCCAGGGCUGUGAGCUGAGCUGCUGCUUAUAUUGUUUAGCUUGUUAUUCCCGAACUUGAGAAGGCUAACACCUUUUUGUUCUGUGAUAAGGUUUUUACAAAGCAUGAUAAAUUCAAAGAUGAUAUUCAAAACUGCUAAGGACUUAACUUACACAGUGAGAAAGUAGUCAACUACAUGCAAGCCUAAAGCGGCAGAGUGGCUGUUGGUUGUUGUGUUUAUUCUGUGUACAUGGUAGUCUGUUGGCACCUCAAGUUUCUCAGUAUAAUUGACACGUAUGAAGUCAUGAGUGCAUAUGAAAACUGUCAAAAUUUAAUCUAAAACCUGCUCUUUUAAUGGCAGGAGUCCAGUACAUGUCAAGCAUAAUAUUAGCGUCCCAAGCUGGAACUGUGCUGCGAACAUGAUCUGUCAAAGUUGAUCUGGCUCAAGCUGUAGGAGUUCACAGGUGUCAGGUGAAAAGCUUUUCAGUAUAAUGAAAGCAUAAUACAUGCUGAGUUUAGGGUUGAAUUUGGAGUCUCUAAGUGUGUAGAUUCAUACUUGUAAAAGAUUGUCAAACAGUGAGUGCAAGAGAUAACCACUCAAGGGACUCAUUUAGUUUUAGGUUCAUGAGGUUGUUUCAAAACUAACCAAUUUUUAGCUCUGAAACAACGUCUUGACAAAACUUCCUCUUCCUUUUGCUGCAUUUACGUCACAGAUGUAAAGGACAUUGAGGGAGACGAGAGGAGUGCUGGUUCUCAGUUCUUCAUCUGUUAUGAGAAGGUCUCAGUUCAGCAGAAGGCAGUAAACCACACAAAGGCUUCACUCUGGCUUUUUUUUUGCUGUAUUGGCCUUUAAAAUAAAACAGCUUUGUUGUGAUUUACUUAAGAUAAAUGGGUUGUAAGUUUGCCACGGUUAAAAUAUCAUGAUAAAGAAUUUUACAAAUUAAAAUGCAAGCUUAAAACAACUUGUGAAAUGUUUGCUGGUCAGGAGUGGGAUCAUUUCUGAAGAAUCCCAGAUAGUCAGGAAAUCUAAAUACUGAUUAGCUUUUACAACUCAGCAUUGAGCAGAUUUGUGACUCAGUUUGCAAUUAUCUGAAAAAGUUUGCGAGCUGCAUUUUUAUGCAGUUAUCUGUGUAUAUGUGGAUAAGUUUCUGUCAGAUUACCUACAAUGGAGGCAAGGUUGAUAGUAUGUUGGUGUGUGUUCUGCCCUGAUCCAGGUCUUCACACAAACUGCAUGUCCUGCCAAGACUGUUGAUGUGUGAUAGGUCUUUUACUCAGACCACAGGUGUGUUUCUAACAGGUGCUGGGACAGUUCUCCAUGCAAGAAUCUGUAAAUAAAGAUGUAGAAGAGGGCUGCAUGCUGAGGUGCCACUAGCUUUUUUGUAGGUGCUCAAAUAGCAACUCCUUUGUAGUGAUUCCUUGGAUGAGGAAUACUCAUCCUCAUCAACACAAAAUCAGCUGAUAAAAGCUGAAGAAGUAAACUAGCAGGAUCAAGGUUUUUGAAAAUUUCAGCUUGUUUGUAUGGUCACUAAGGUGAUGCGGUGACAGCUUAUCCACUUCAACCACAAGCUUGAACAUGCUGACUGCAUAAAAGUACUUUGAAGUGUCAGACAGAGCAAACAGCAAAACAGCUAAUGUAAUAUUUGUGAAGCAGAGGUACAGCACUCUUGUAACACUGCCAGUAUAAGUGUGUGUCCUUAGAGCUGACAUCCACCAAAAGAUUCUGAAAAGGAGAAUCAAAAAAAGCUUCAGCACAAGUAAAGAGCAGCCUCUACUUCAGUGUUAUGGUUAAAAUGUACAGUACUAUGGUCUUGUCUUUUCAUGGUUAUAACCAUGAAAAGACGAGGAGUCUAAUGAAAAGAUAACCAGCCUUUCAUUGUGGUGGUGAAUACAGGCUUCCACAGGCUAAUGCUGUGCUUGGACUGGUAUUACUAUCAGCCUAAAUGAGUUUUUAAUAUUGCCAAAUCAGUUAUCAGCAACAAUCCAAUACAGUACAUCUGAUCUAAGAAAUUUUCCUGAAUUUUUUGCACAGGUUUCUAGUUGAGUAGAGACACUAAAUAGCUGAGUAAAACUGUUAAACACAGAGUAAUACAAUUCCAGAUGAAAAAGAAGUCCCUGUCUUUAAAGAGCUUUGUAGCUGUAAGCCAGGCUCCCCCUUACUUCAGUACAGCUUUCCUCUGUGUUUCUCUGACCUCCAGGUAAAUGAUAAAUUGAAGAAAGAGAAAGGCUACAUGAUUAGAAUUGUAAGAAAGUAGGCCAGCAGCAGGGUGUGUCUCACAGGUUAAACAUGAGGCUCAUUUAGACUGUAAUAGGACUUGGUGUGGCGCUAAACUGACAAAAGAGCUUUGUAAUGAACUGCUAAAUCUCAUUUGAUUAAUGAUUCAAGUUUGGCCGGAAUAUGUUUGCCACGUUCAUAGCUGCAGAGUUAGUGUUUCUUCUGUCCAAACUUCCACUCCAAGCAGAGCAGAGCAGAACAUGAACUCAGAUCUCAGGUCUGAUCUGCCCCUUGUCUGCUCUGAAAGUACAAGAGAUUAAAGUUUAUGAGUGGAGUUAUCUGUAGUGGUAAUAUAACUCGGUGGUUCGUGGAGAUAUACGCAGAGCUUAAGGAUGACUUUGGCUCUGGAGGAUUGGGAGGAGUUACUACCAGAAGGUUAUUUUUAGAGCUCUUCUUAUGGACUUUUCUCUUCUUCUGCUCAGAAGUGUUAAAUUUGAGAAAGUGCUGAAAUUACAAACACCUCAGUCCCCAUUUUGGUCAGGGUGACAAACUUAUGUGCCCUCUUCUCUUUUCUUUUUCUUUUCACAGCCUUCAUUCAGUCAGACACAAUCCUAGAAGUUUUACAUUUUGGUGAGGGCGGCCUUUUGCAGGUGAGUGUGAUGACAUCACUCCUGUUUUUGUUUGACUUUUACCCAACCCAGAUACACAAGAGAAGGCUAAAAUAAGACUAUGAACUGGAUUUGCAAAUGACCCACCUUGCUCUCAGUAUCAUCAUAUAUGCCUUAUUUGAAUAACAUGUAAAUAUUAACAAAUGUUUCUCUGCUCUUUGCAGGCAGAGUCUGACAUUGAUUUUAGUUUAUAUCACCAACAAAGGUAAGUUUACUCCUGACUACUUUUCCUUUUAUUGCCCCUUUACAGUCAAACAACCACGUUUAUGUAGGUAAAUCCAUAAUUGCUGAGUGGGUGGGGAAUUGCUGUGCAUCUUUGAAGUGUUGCUGCAGUGUUAGCAUAAAGAGGAAGAGCCUAAGGAGCUGUCGAACUAAAUAGACAGUGCAAAAUAAGAGCAGCAUUCUUAUGGCACUUCCAGUUUUAACAUGAUAUGCACAAAGUGGAAAGUGACAGAAAUGCUGCAACAGUUUCACUUUAACAAACUUCCAAAUGUAUUAUUACGCACUUCUAUCAUGUGAAAAAGCAAAGAUUCUUCCAGCUUAGAUUUGAUUAAUCACACGUGCCUGUCUUGAAAGUAUCAGCUCAUGACCAUAAUAAAAUAAAAGGCUUGAGCCUUUGGAUCUCAAGCUGCCAGAGUUGAUAAGACGAGACAACAGCCACUUGAAGAGGUCUAAACUUAACCAACGAACUCAUUUCAAGGGGUGACAUCAAUUUGCGGACAGAUCUGCAAAAAGCAGCUUCCUGUUCUGUAAUUACCUGAUAUCACACCCGACCCCCCCAGUCCUCUGAAACAUGUGCGGUCAGUGGCAUGAGUCCUCAGAGUUUGUGUGUGGAAGUGUGUAUGUGUGAAUGUGGAUGUGUGGCACCUAGCAUUCAACCAGACCCCAUCUCUCCUGACAUGAGAGUUUAGCAGGGUCAGAGCGCAGAUAGUUUUAUUCAUCAUUGAUGGGGAAGGGACAGGCAGGCAGACAGACACACAGGCAGACAGACACACAGACAGACGGGCAGGUGGUCUUGUUGUUUUAUGAUUGAUCUGACCAUCAGAACAGCACAGGUGUUCCUGGUUAGGUCACUCUGCCUCCAGUCAGGACUGUGAGUGCAGAGACAAGCAUAGCUGCCAGAGGAAGAGUUCAGGAAAGUUGUAGUUUUCGUUCUAGUAUCAGUCAGAUGUUCGACUCUCAUAUCUUGGCACUGUGUGAACUUUAGUGAUUCUCCAAGAACUGAGUGCACUGAAAUGCUUAGUUUCAGUUCAGAUCUUUGAAAAUGUAGAGGGACUUCUUGUACUUUAGACAUAUGGUGUUUUUACACAUUGAUAAAUUAAAAAUUUUGUUUGCGAGGUUUUGUUUGUGGCUGCAGUCAAACGUUGCAGGCUGCAGUUUUUAUGGGUGUGGAUUGAAAUCUUGUAUUAAGGAACAUAUCCUGUUAUUCAAACAGGAAAAUCAGUAAUAUUUGAGCUCACUGGUUCUGCUAAUGAGCCUUGCGUGUCCUAUAAAUGUAAUGUUAAAUCUUGACUCAAACAUGACAAACAUACACUGACUGUUUAAUCAAGGUGUUUUUUUUUAAUUACCAAACUGUAUUCAACUUUAACACAAAACUUUGUUUACAUUGUUUAAAUAUUUAGCAAAUGUUUGAUAGAAUGAAUAAAUUAGUGGUUAGUUAAAAGUGAGACUUUUAAGGUGAGGAUUUAACAGCUGACCAGGUACAUUAUCAGUGACAUCCAGCCAAUCAGACAUUAGGUGAGAGUGAAACUAGACUCGGAGACAAAAGACACACUGGUGCCAAAGAAGCACACUUUUAGAUGAAUAAGUUUUAUCAUCUCAUAAUGCUGCUGCCACAGACAAUGAGCUGAUCGCUGAAUAAAGGCAGAGAUAAUUGGCUAAUGCUGGUAAUUGAUCCACUCUUACUCAAAUGAAGUACAACUGACUGUCAGCAGGUUGAAAACACUGCUGUGGGACAGUCAUCCUCCUCCUCCACCCAAAGCAGCUGCGUAAUUACGCCUCAAUUUUGCUUCAAGUCCAGUAAAGCAGUGCUGAAACCCGUGUUGAAAUCAGCAGGUAUGAGCCAAUCAGCUCACUCAACAAGGUGACAGAAGGUGACAUUAUGAGACGUUCGCAGCCGUAUAAAAGAGACACCAUCAUGUAAAGUUAAUGUCUUCCUAUAGAAAAAAACAAAACGAAAACAAAAACAUCUCUUCAAAACAUUUUGAUUGGUUGUAGUUUUUUUCAGCACAUUUAUCUGUCUUCUGGCUUCAAUUAAUCCACAUCAUGAAUUUCAGUCUUUUUCUAUAUGAGGUAUUAACACCCCAAAAUCUAAAUGUAGAGUUCAGGUCCAAGUGUCAGACUUUAGGAGCUGAGUGGUUUCUUUGACCAGGGUCACUCAGUUCUUGUGUAGGGGUCUCCACAUGACAUCAUCGCCCCGUCCUUACUCUACACAUGUGUGUUUUGUCUGGCUUCAGUGUGCAGCGAGCCCUCACUAUUACUGUGUACUGUGUGUUCGUGCCCAUAAAAGGGUUAUCUUGCACAAGCAUAGCAUGACCACUCCCUUCAGUUUGGGGGGAGGGGAUACUCUGCUGUUUGACUGUUGAUUCAUGAUUUUUGAAAGCUGAACUUCCCCUUUUGCCUCCAUGUCUGUUUUGAGUAAAGAAAGAGGAAACAAAUUUUUACAGUCAGGUUUUUUUUUUUUUAAGUUUGUGAAUAAUGCCAGUCAUAUCAAGGGGGAGUAAAAGUCUUCUACAUGUUUUUGUUGUUAAAAUGCGCUUGUCUGAAGUGUAGCCUGUCAGUGGACAUAUAAAGAUCUUAGGUCUUGAGGCAACAGCCCUCCUCAUGAUCUCCCCAGCUACUCCAAUUACACCACUGACAUUCAACACAUUAGCUCUGAAGCGCCUGAGCAAAAGGACCACACAGAAUUCACAGCCAGGAUCCAUUUGAAUCCUUAAUUCCACAAGAAUUUUGUCAGUAGUUGUUAUAUUAAUGAGAGGAGUGAGGACAGGCUGCAGAUGAGAGAUUAUCCAGGGGAGCACACAGCCUGGUCGGGGGCUCUGUGUGGAUUACUGCCAGCCUCAAGGGAAGGAAAUCCAUCCAUCUCCUGCGAGCGCUGCCAUUGGAGCACACUGCUGCAGCUAUUGUCUGCUCCUGUAUGCAAAGGCUUGGUUGUAAAGAGAUGAAACUGAUCUCUGGUAACUGGUCUAACUCCAGGGUGACAGUGGGGUGAUUAAAAUGUGAGUGAAUUCUCAUUUCUGGUGCAUAAGAAAGGAGAAUAACAUUGGCUGAACUUUCCCAGGUGUGAAUCCGUGUAUUUAGGCGUUAGCUUUUCCAUUAAAUAACUUCAAGCUUUGUCACAAACCACACCCGCAUGAAUGAUGAUGAUCUCUUUCCAGGUGAUUUACAUCAAGAGUGUCAUUUUAUAGUUCAGCUACAUUUCAGCCCCACCAAAAAAAGAGCAGCUUCUCUUUUAGGGACAGCCUUGUCUAUUGUUAAGAUCCACCUGUUGUUGGACAGGUUUGGUGAGUUAUGCCUGUGUACUAAAACCUGACUAGUGAAGGUGUUGCCUUCAGAUCACUUCACUCUGAGAGUAACAAUAAGAGAGCCGUCGCCUUUUUUUUCUUGUCUUAUUUUUAAAAAAUUUUCCCUCAUCUAUGGAUUUCAGGGAUUCAUUAUGUACAGAAAUGUUGCGCUGCCGGAGAAAGGGGUCCUGUUCCCAUCUUGAUGCUUUGUUUUAAGUCCUGGACCCUGGCUGUGCUGUCUGUGUUUGUGUGUUCAGCCUCAAAUUAGUUUGAAAAGCACACAAACAUGGAUGCAGUUUUUCCUGGCAUGCUGUUUCUGCUGCUGUCAUAUUUUCCUUUCUCUCACAGCACGUCCCCGCACCGUGGGAACUGCCGACCUAUACGGUUCGAACCUCCAAUGUUGGACUUUCACGAACAGUGAGUGUUUGAUACUUUUAACACUCAGUUGUUGUCUCAUUUCGGUACUCUCUGUUUUUCUACUACACUUUUCUUUGUUUGUGACACUUGGUGUAAGUAUGAGUUUAGGACUACAAUUCUACAAAAAAGUAGAAUUUCACUGUUAUGAUCAAUAAAAAUUGAAUGAAAACUGUGGUAAUGCUUUAAUAUCUGUUGUAAAAUGAGAAUGUAAACGACAGUGCAGUUUGAAGUGGUCCUAGUUUAGCAAAGAAAAUAAGUGUACCAGCUGACCAAUAAAUAUAAAGACUGAGAAACCUAAAUGAGUUUCUGGUUUCGCAAACAAACCAAGAAUGCACUCUGAUUUAUGUUUUUUGUUUUAUUAUUAAACAAACAGCUGCAGUAAUUGACAGCGCCGUUUUCUUACAAAACUCAGAGUUAAUGCAAGGAUUCAGAGGUAAAAUGCCAGACUUAUAAACUUAGACAUAAUUAUUCCUGCAAACAUUACAUUACCUUCUAUUCUCUGGUGACGUGAUCACAGUAGGAGGUCACGGUUCAUAAAGUUUAAGGUUGUCACCACACUGUAAGUAGGGUGACAGGUUUCACUAUCUUUGUUGCUUCUCCUGUCAUAUACGGACAUACCAUGACUGCACAGAUCACAUUAUCACCUCAGAGAAUGGGUCAAAUAGCUAAAAGAAGAUUACUUGAUGUAACCUGGUGUUUCAGUGUUAAGAAACCAAACAGACUUAAUCACUGUCAAAGUUUUUGUGUAUCAAACAUUAAUUAAAAUGUUCAUAGUAUCUUACAAUUAAUAUAUACACCAGAUUCCAAGGGUAUGAAAUGCUCUGAAACAGUUUUUGGUAUGUCCUCAUGUGAUCUGCUGUUUUUUUUUUUCAAGGUUACAUUUUCAUUUUUUUUCUAUUAUGCCUUUGUUGCCAUAGUUUCUAUCAAAAUACUACCUUAUCUGGGUUCUGAUUGGUCAAGAUGAUGGUAGGACAUUGAUGAGUGCAGAUUUUUUUUUUUAACCAAAGUUAUUAUUAUUAUUUUUUUAAACUGAGAGUGCAGAGACAAAACACAGCUUACGCUUCUGAACAGACAUCAGAUGCUCCUUGAUCACAAAAAAUGUUGUGGGAAUGCUCUCCAAGUAGGAGAUUUAACUUUAAACCAUUUUAUAAAAGUAUAACAAGUUUUAAUUAGUAUCAGAGAUUUAGAUUAGGACGAAACUGAUGUCUUAACUAAUUUUAAUUAAACACUUUGACUGACAUGAACGUAAAAAGCCCUCAGUUUUGUGUCCAUCCACUUGUUGUUGUUGUUGUUUAGAAAUAUUCAGGGAAAUUACAGGCUAUACAGUUUAACCUUAAUGAUUAUUUAAUUGCUCAAACACACCCACGUUUUUUUGUCCUGUUAAUUUGAUGGCUGUGUGUUAGUACACGUGUCCUCGAGCUCUCCAGAAUAUGUGAAGUCAAACUUCUGAGUCAGUCUCUGAGGUGACACUGCUCAGCCUGUCAACAGUGACUGGAGUGCUGAGGAAGCAUUCAAUAUACUUAACAAAACAACAUUCUUCAUCGCCCGUGACAGCGCCCUGCUUCACCAAGGCCGGACUAAAUAGAUCACAUUCCUCCCUGACAGCGAGUGCUCACCCAUGUUGUAUGACCCAGCUUCAAGCAGAGCACACCUCACCAGGGUGCAGAGUGAGCGGCAGAGUGAGCGAAUGAUUCACAGCCAGAGACGCAGCUGUCUCGGCCUGUCCUCUGCCUGUCCUGCUUCUUCAAUAAACAAUCCACUUAUCAGCUGUGAAUGUUUGGAGGGUGUGAAAAUUAGACCUUGAGAAGUUCUCACCCUGUCUCUAAUAGACUGGAUACAAAGGCAAGACUGGACCAGAGAGGUCUUAAUAGAUCAGCCCAGGCUCAACUCUAGACGCUCUGUUUGAGAUGAAGGGCAUGUUUACAUCUAUCUUAGGUGUGUUUGAAGAAUCAUGUAUGCCCUUUCAACUACUUUGCCAUGAGAGGUGUCGUAUAUAUACCCAUUGGGGUGCUUAAAAGUGCUUUAAGAGCCACUCAGAAUUACAGCAGAAAAUCCAAUCAGAUCACAUAAUUACAUUAAAAACAGACACCUCUGAAUAAAGUUGUGAAGAAAAACGUUUGGAGGGGUGAAUUGCAUCAACAGUUUCAUCAUGCAAGCAUGUGUUUUGUAGUCAAACAGAAGUUUACUACACUAUACCUCUGACAAAUAGGUGUUGAAAUCCAUCCCAUAACUGCAAGAUAAUUUGGGAAAUGUUAUGUCACAAUACAGCACAAUGCAAUAUGGUACAAUACAUGAAAGUAUGAUACCCACCGUAUUGCCUCUGAUGACAAUGUCAUAAUACAGGGACCAACUACAGCAUCCAGACAAACUCCAGCUGUUCAAGAGUACCAAUAUGUAACUUUUUUGCUUUAUGGUUUAUAUCAGAUUCAUCCUGCCCUUCAUUUUUUUUUAGCAUUUUCUUUCAGUAUUUUAUAUCAAGUAUCAAUAUAAAUUUAUAUCAAGCCCACCCCCCCCAAAAAAAGGAUUCGAUAGCCAAUACAUAUUUGUGACCAAAACCAAACUUUUAAAAUUCUUGUAGCCAUAUUAGUCUGACUGAAAUCACACACAUAAGAACAUAAGAUGAAGGUAAACAAGACAAAGAUGUACAAAAGGCAAUAAUAAACGUACUGAUAGAUCACAAUAUCGGCUCAACUAGAGUUUACAAAUGCCCCUGAAAUGUAACUAGCAGGAUAAAUGUCAUUAGCACUACAGUAGGCAGUCAUUAAGUUGAGAUGUGGCGAGUCAGAGUCAAGCGUAAAUUCAUUUAGAGCACAGUAAUAUUUUAUUCCUUAGUUUAAUUUAGCUUUUUCAAACUUGUCCAUCCAAUGUCCUAUUGCUCCUGAUAAGAGCGAGCAGUGAGGACAUAGUUUGGGCUCACAGGCUGACUUUUUGUGUGAUUUACUACCAAACCAAACCAACCUUUAAUACAAACAAAUUUGAAGAUCUGAAGUGCUUUUUUCCUCACAUCUUUUGUCACUCCACACUUCCCAAAACUCAGUAGAUCUGUAUUUUGACCAAAAUAUCAAUAUUUGUCAUUCUUACGCACUUACGCUAAAUGGAUUCUAGUCUUUUCUUGAAAAAAAAAGAACAUUGUUUUUACUGCUCAGGUUGUACCUGGCUGGACAAAUUUCAACAAAGAUUCAUUAUCUGUGAUAAAAAAUACCUGCUGUUAGGACCAGAUGAGCGAUCUCGUGCUUAUUAAGUCUGUUUCACAGGUUUUCCUCUCCAGGCAAAGCUGCUUUGUUGUUGCAUGAUUUGACAUUGUCAUGAUUAAGUGUCUUUAAGUGUCCAGUCUGUUGGAGCUGAUUUUCAUACCCUAUUAAAAUGUCUGAAACCACAGGCCGCCUGGAAAGGAAGAAAAUCAAAGCCGUUUAUGACGUGUUUUGAAUGUGGAUAUGCAGUUAUAUAAAGCAUUGUAUAAAUGAUUAAUUGAUUAUAAAAUGCAAAACCACGUGUGUUGUCUUUCUCAAUGAACCAUAAGCUGUGUGAAGAGUACAGUUAAUCACCUGGUUGGUUAUUGACACAGGGAGGCUAUGCCAACUUUUUUUUUUAUUUUAUCUGUUUAAAGAAACUUAUGACUCCAUAGUUGUUGACCUAUCUCCAGCUUUCCUGUUUGUCUUCAUAUCUUUCAAACUCUGUGACAUAGCAUAUCUAUUUCUACAGCUAAAUUCUUCUAUUGUCUUUUCUAUUUGGGUCAUGAUCAGUUCCAAUUUAUUUGGAUUUUUUUCAUUGAGACAACUUAACUAGAACAAUGUUUCAGAUAAUUGUACAGGGAGUUUUACUUUUAUUGUCAUUUAUUUGUUGUGUUUUGACAGUGGCUUCUUUUUUUCUUUACAGGCCCGUUGGGAUGCCAAAAAUGGAGAAAGUUUAUUUACACAACCCUAGCUCAGAAGAAAUUAGUUUGAUAUCAAUAUCAGCAACAACAGCACAUUUUCACGCCUCCUUUUUCCAGAAUAGGGUAAGUACUACUAACUGAAAAAGCACUUUUCUACACACUCAUUUGUGGGGUUUUUUUGCAAACUUUUGUAAGGUAACGUUUAGGUUGGGUUGAUUUGGUGACUCUUGUAGACCAAACAGUCUCCUUUUCUGCAUGGGGAGUAUUUUUAAUAGAAAAUCUAAGAUAAAAUUAAUCAGUCAGUGAGAGUCUUUUGUUCUGAAAAGAAAAAGCAGAGGCAUCUUCUGCAGUUAAUCUCAACUGAUACUUCCUCCCCGGUAGCUGCUUUUGACAUAUGAUGUCGUAGACACAGUCUCGUUUUUCUUUUGUUGGCUAUGAAGAUACAUCGGCAUUGAUGUCAUACUAUUUUAUUACCGGCUAAGAUUCCUUACAGGAACUACAAAUCCUAAUUUUGUUUGACAAGAACUCGGGGAAUGCAGGUGAUCUUGUAAUUACAGAUGCUGCUGUUCUGGCAGUUUGUUGAUUUGACGUUGUUAUUUGAACAUAAUGCCUCUUGGGGAUUUUUCAAACAUUAAUAAAUCAGCGUGACAAUUUAAUUGCAUGGUUAUUAAGAUAGGAAAAAAACGCAUUGUAUCCUUCUGUCUCUCAGGUGAUGUUUUUUUUUUUUUUUUUCCCUCGCUUGAUCUCAAAUACUCAGGCACUCUGGGACAUAAAACUGUUAAACAGCCCCAUGAAAACCCUGGUGAUUGAAAGACAUGCUGUUAUUUGAAUCAGGACUCCCAACUCAAACAUGCAAACACACCAGAGACUCCUCUGCUGUUCCUCAGUGACAGUGCUUAAUCAGCAUGACACAAGCUGAUCAGGAUGAAGUUUAGGGGAAUUCCAGGAGGACGGGUGGAGUGGAAAGACCCUGCUGCCUUUACUGGUUGGAAAUAAGGAUAGAAAGUUACAGUGAACACUUGAGUCUUUUUUGACACUCACUGGGCAGUUUCAGUGUGACAUAUGCAUUAUAACUAUAAAAAAUACAGUGAAAUGUUUCCACACUUAAGCAGCCAAAUAAAUGAAUUAAAAUGACUGCCUUAAAUCCUCAAAUACAAGCCAGCUGAAGGUACCAGGCCUUUAAAUGAAGCAGGCUUGAAUUAGAUUCUUUGUCUGAGAAGUCUUCAUAUUACAAAAAAAUGAGGGCGUGAUUCAAAAAUAGCCGUAUGGAAAUGAGCUGAUAAAUCAUCUGUUUUUUGUUCAUUUGCAAUUCAAAACACAAACAAAAUAUACACAUAGAUACCCUAAUUCACCACCCCCACCAGUACUAAAAGUCACACACAGCUAGGGUGACAUUUUUAGAACAGAUCUAUACAUAAAGCCUAUUGAUGUUGCUUUGACAUCUUUAUUUGUUGGACAAGUUGGUUUUUGUUAGCCCACUCCUGGCAGUCAGCUGGUUUUAAACUUUAAACUACGCCAUGUCUGUAAUGAAUCAACUCUUUGAUGAAAUGGUGAAGACCUCUGUGUGGUUCAUUGAAUACUCCUAAGUGCUGGUAAGAUGAGAGUGCAGUUCUGAGCAGCAGAGAUGCUGACAGUUUGUUGUAAUCUCAGCUACAAUGACACAAUAAUCUGGAGCAAACUGUGGGGAGAUGUCUGAUGAUGCAUUUGUACCAAACUUGUAACUAAUGUAAGAUCCUAGUGAACCUAUCAGGAAGUUUUUCUCGGUCAAAGAAAUAUAAAAAGUGCCUUGGCCAGUAAUUUAGAGCCAGCUUUAAUUAACUGGUAAAGGAUGUGAAUCCCUUCUGUGAAGUUCAGUCUUAAACUGUCAGUUUUUGCUAUAAAAAUGGGAAUAUUCUGUCAUCUAUCAGAACUGGCAUACAUUUAAUGUAACACUUGGCAGAUGUUGGAUCAGAUACAGUAGAUUAUUUUACUGACAUUAUUUAUAGUCUCCACAAAUUGAAUUUUAAAGGAAAUUUCUCUUCUAACAGGAGAGGAUCACAGUCAGUGUGUUUCAAACUGUUUUAGUCAAACUUUUCUGAUAUUUCUAUCUCUUUAGCAUUUCUAGAAAGCUAAUAGGUGUCAAUGAAAGUGCUAGUUUGAUCUUCAUGUACACCAUACAGUAUGAAGUCCAAGCAGGUUCUUUGAAUUAAGUAUUUGAAUAAGGAGUACUUUAGGUCACAGAUUUGUUCUUAGCAGUAAUGUCAUACUUUUGCAUUUUGUCACAUUGACACCUUAGCAAAUAAAUCAUUUUUUCUGUACUGCAUGUGAAGACUCUACAGGAAAGACCCGUUUUAUCGCCGUAGGCACAUUGCUGUACACGCAGGCAUAAACUUUCUAACUGAGGCAAGAACACUGUGUAGUUUGAGAAAAGCAUUGCCCUGAGACACUCAUUAUGUGAACUGUAUAAGCUACAGGAUGGUGCUGUUUCAUAAACAGUCCAUCUGCAGAAUAAGAGCUCUAAGUCAUCUAAGACACCGUUUUUUACUUUUUUGUCCUUACAAGAACCUGUGUGAGUGUGGCAUAAAUGUAGACUUCAUUGAAAUGACCUCUUAGUUAGCCUUUCAAUGUUUUUUUUUUGUACUGUCACGUGUCUUUACAGAUAGAAAGGGAUAAGGGGAGAGAAGUGUGCCACUUUUCAAUACCAUUGCUGGAGUCCCGUUCUGCCAUGACACACCAGGAUUUUGCAAUAUUAGUAGUUUGGGUAUUUUGCGCACAUACAUUAUGUCUUCAGUGAACAAGCAAUAGUGAUUAACCCUUCCUUACACCAAAGUGGGUCCAAAAAAAUAUAUCCGUGUUGUGUAACUGAAAACAACGUAGUCUUAAACCUGGUCUUUUCCUUGUUCCUCUGACUGUUCAGAGCAGCGCACACUAACAAGAGAGUACCGCCUCCUGCUAAUGUCAAAGCAGCUGUCAGCAGGCUUUGACAUCCUGCCGUGACAAGGCUGAAUAUUUACACCACUGAUACACCUCAUCUGUAACGCUCAGAGGCAUAAUGAUGGGGCAUAGUAAUCUCAGCUCCGCUCCUCCUUCAGAGGUAGUAACAGGUGGAGAGGGAGGAGAUGAAGGUUGCAUGUAGCAUUGGAGCUGGUAGGGUGUGUAUGUGGUGCUUCUGCUGUGUGUUUACAAGCUGUGCCUCUGGUGAAACACUUUAUAGCCAUAUGUAAUCAGUGUGUAAUAUCGCAUUCACACCAAGCCUGAAUAAAAUCAUCUACUUGCUUAAGUCUGCAUAUCAGGACGACGUGUGGAUAUUGAUUUGAUUUUGGUAAAAACUCAAUUAUGUGUAUCCACAGCUCUUAAAAACUAACAUAAUUAUAAAUAUUGGUUUGAUUUCUCAGAUUGAUGUGAUAACAAACUGAGAAGAAACUGGUGAUUUACAUCUGAACAUAUAGCAGAGAAGAAUUCGAAAGCAUUGUGGCGCCCCUUGAAUGUUUUUUUGUUACUGUAGCUGCAAGAAGGUCCAUGUAAAAAUGACCAAAGUCCAGGUAGUUACUGUGCAUGUCAGCUGUAAAUGUGAAGGUAAAUAAAAAGCUUCAGGCCAAACCAGGUGCUCUGGUUCACAAAGAUAUUCAGUAUGAGGGGAGUCAUUCAGGUUCAGGAAAGCAGCCUGAGGCCUCUAGUCUUGUGUUACGGGAAUCAAGUUUUACAUUUCUACUAAAGAGUGGAAAGACAACUCUCCAAGGUCUCCUCAUAUCUGAGAUUUUUCUCGCUAAUGACACUUUUACGCACGACUGGCAUGAUGUCAAAUGGCAGAGUAACCUGUUUGAUAAAAGCUGCUGUGAGGGGGUUUUUGCCGGUUGUGAAACAAACUGAAAAUCAUACUGAUAUGUUAAAUGACCAAAAAAAGGAAAUGGUAACAAGCAAGUGGGACUAUUUCUCUAAUAUAACUGUUUUCACUGUGUGAGGGUGAGUGUCAGACCAAGUGGCUGUCUAAACCUUGUUGGUGGAGCCUUUUUUCACAUGAUCCACACUACAGAUUUUAAUUUGACUACAGUUAGAGAGCAGUAUGAUAUUUUCUGUCCAGAAACACAGUUAGAGAAUUUCACCUAACAUCACUUGUCUGCUUGACAGCACAAAUAGAAAGUCCUGCUCAGGGGGUUUAAUAUAACCCUACUUUUGGGGGUUUCUCUUACUGCACUUUUAGUCAUAUGCUGAGAUAUAAUAACAACCAGCAUCCCAUAAUUCACCCAGCAAGCACAGAGAGGGUCAAUACAGCUUUUAUGUAAUUUGAAGUGAGGCCAGUUAAAGCUUUAGAAAUGAUCAAUAACAUUUCAAAAUCAAUGCAGAACAAAACAGCGCACAGUGGUACUCUGCACAGAUUAACAUUAGCAUGCUGCCGCUGUUUACCUUUUUUGGAUACAGUCACAGUUAAAAUUGUUCUGCAAAACUUUUGCACCUGCAUAAUACAGGAGUAGGUUAAUGUGGAGAUGUUAAUGUAAUAGAAUGGAUCACUUUUUGUUCACGUUGUCAGAUUCAGGCAUGAUUGUACCACUGGCCCAUGGACCGAAGGUGUCUUUUGGUCAGCAGGCUUUACUAACCCCUCUAGAGAACCAGAUACCAACUUUAUAAAUAAGUCAAAAGUUUCUGUAUGGACAUGUGGUAGCAGCAUAUGACCAACCACAUCCAAAAACAAGCCUGUCAGUCAUACUUCACCAAGACCAAGCUAUGAUAUGAGGGAUAUGUAAGCCAUCAUGUAUAGUGAGCAGGUGGUUUUGUGAAUUAAAACACUGACAGGGUGAGCAUGACUAUUUGUGCUGUGGAGGCUACCAACUAAAGCCAUAACAGGCUGACCCAAAUUUUGAUUUAGGGAUCAUUUUAUAAAUUCAAGUAUAAUUGUUUAUUUAUAUAUAUAAAGAAAAAUAGCCCCAAUGAUGACAUGCUUGGUAAUCUUUCCAUAGCAGCACAUCCUCAUCAGCUUUCUUGUGAUAUAAUUUUGGAUGUACUGGUUAUGUUUAGAGCUCACAGUCUUUAAAAUACAUGAGGACUGCAGAAGAAAUGAACCUCUUUAAUACAUGUUCUGUGAUUUAAAACACCCUGCUACCUACAUACUAAUAUAAAAUAUUUAACUUAAAAUGGGCCACAGAGCUUUUUCAAGUCAGAAUACAACUCUUAUCAUACUGAAAAGUCCAGUCAACAAUGACUUUAAGUGGGCUUGAAUAAAUAACAACACAGCACAGAUUAGCAUUUCUAAUUUUGCCUCUUAUUGGUUUGCUACGAUUGGAUGGAAACCUCAAGAACCCAUGGUAUCAUAAUCUGUCUUCUUGUAUUACUGAAAAAAAGAGGAAGUAGAGUGUUUUUGCUGUAGCAGGAUAUGUAUAUGCUUCUGAAACCUAACAGAGCCUCAAAAAAGCCACAAUUUGUUUAUCGUAUCCUGUUUGAAGAAAGUUCCAGUUAAAAAAAAAACAUCUUGGUGAAGAAUUGAUAAACAAGUUAAAGUGCAUGCCGCUAUUUUUUAUAUCUUCAUCUAUUUGCUCUGUCGACAUGUCUUCAUCUGGUGAUCUAUUUCUCUCACUGACGUGAAUGUUGAACAUGUUUUUUUUUUCUUUUUUUUUUUUCUUUGCUCUUUUUCCCGUCUCACUAUCUGCAUGUUUGGACUUUCUGAAUGCAGCUGCAGAAAUGACACAAAAAGGCUCUGUUCGGUCCUUAUCUGAGCUCUAAGCUAUAACAGUAACUUAUAAAAUACCUCAACUUCUGUUAUAAAAAAGGUCAAUGUUGUGAAACUUCCACGUAAAAUGAAAAAAUUCUGAUGUUUUCUAGGAAUUUAACCCCAAGACAACAUCGAAGGCAUUUUAGCAGUAAAGCAUGGUUCCAAGGUGAAAAUCUUAUAGGGGCCAUGUGCAGGACCUUUUGACAGAAUAAUUAGCUUGUAUUUGAAGUUUUUUCUGAGCUGAUUUUUGUACACAUUUGUGCCAAUAUAAACAGAAAAAGUGGAACCAGUGUGGGUCAAAAAAAAAAAAAAAAAAAAAACGGUCACCACCAAAAUGCCGAAGUUAGAGAGUAGCUGUAAUGUUUUCAUAGCAGUGAACCUUCAAGGUCAGCUGUUUUAGAAGUCAGUGUUGGGAUCUUAAAGGUCAUUUACUCAGCUGUCUGUGGGUCAGUGUGUGAAUAACAAGCUGUGAAAAUGUCUUUUUCUGCAGUGUACAUCAUGUUUGUUGUGCUCUUCUUUAUCUGUUCUCUCAACAGAUAAUUCCACCUGGAGGGAACACAUCGUUUGACGUCGUGUUUCUCGCUCGAGUAGUUGGGAAUGUAGAAAACACUUUAUUUAUUAACACAUCACAUCAUGGAGUGUUUACAUACCAGGUAAUCUAUAAAUGUCUCAUAGGUUUGAUGAUUAGUUUGAAGAGAAAUGUGACUAAAUUUGCAUUUUCCUCUCUGUCUUGAAGGUUUUUGGGGUGGGUAUCCCAAACCCCUACAGACUGCGGCCCUUCAUUGGGGCGCGAGUCCCUGUAAACAGCAGCUUCUCACCUCUAAUACACAUCCACAACCCGUACAGCGAACCGCUACAGGUGAUUUUGGGUUUCUUAUGCUUGUAAUUGUUACUCAAAUUUCUUUAAAUGUGGCUGAAUAGCUGAACAGUCAUAUAUUGAUUGGAAAUUAUCAAUUAAAGGUGCAGCUCUACUGGACUGAUCAUGACUGUAAACUGUCUUAAUCAGUGAAUUCUGUUCAAAGUUAACUGAAGUUCAAAUCAGUUAAACCUUUUGACAGUCCAAGGAGCUGCCUACCCUCCUGGUGCAACAAAAAGGCUCUAGAAGAUUUAAUCCAAACAUUUUAUAUUCAUUAAAGAUCCACAAAUCACUUCAAAUUAACAAAACUCUUAUGAUCGUGCUCAGUUUGUCUAUGAUCCAUCUUACCAUUGAAGGGUAGAGCUUGGAGCCAGGUCAAGUUUUACCCUCUGUCAGGUAUUGCAGGAAUGAUUUGGUUGGGAGAAAAUAGAUCUUUUUUCUAUCAUCAUUAUCCAUGUUUAAAGUUCAUUUAAAAAGUAACACACAUAAUUCACAGAAUAUCAGGUUUAGGUGUAGGGGAAUGUAUCACUCUUAGUCAUAGCCAUUUUUUAAAUUCAACCAGUCAUUUCACAAGAAAUGAGCUGCAGAGAUCUAGAAGAUUGUCUCUACCAGACUCUAACAUGAGCUCUAAAGGGUCUACAUGGCUAUUGAAACCAGUCUAAAAUAAGUAACUGCAGUUGUUGUUUUUUUUCACUCCUGCAAUGGCCUCCUUUUUUCACUUGGUCUUACAUGGUUUUGGUUGUUUCAUUCUUUUCAUCAGUCAGUGCUGCUUAGUAUCUAGUACCCCAUACUUUCCUGAUAACACCUACACCCAGGUCCCAUGUGAGCUCACCUGAGUUUUGAAUUGGCUUUAUUUUUUAAGGUCAGGACAGUGUUUUAGAGAAAUACAUAUCAUGGUAAAUGACACCAACGAGCACAGAAGUGUAAGGGUCUGCUUCACAGUGGCCAAAAGUCAUUGUUCUGCAGUUCACGUUUAACCACAGCCCUGUUUUUUAGAGCCAGGUUAGUAGCAUUUGAAGUGUUGAAGGACAAGAUCAUCAUUGACAUAAAGGUGUUAUUACGUUAUUACCUAAGGGAUUAAAACAGCACAGGAAUAGGGUGUAAAGUAACAGAGAAAGUACUAAUUUCAGCUCUAGGUGAAUUAAAAAGAGCAUGUGUUCUUUAAAGUGGUGGUUGUGUUGCUUUUCCUUGUCUAACUCCAUCACACUAUCUUAUUCCAGGUUGUGGAGAUGUACUCCAGUGGUGGGGAUCUACACCUAGAGCUUCCUACGGGUCAACAAGGAGGCACUGGGAAAUUAUGGGUAAGUUUUAUUACACAGUCACUUAUGCGCUUCUGAUAUUUGCUUUGAAAUUUUUGGACCGGCUUAGGUCUGCUCCUCACAUUAGAGUGUCCUUGAUACACAUGACCCGAUAGAGUUGUCUUAUCAGAUAAGGGAGCAAUGGGAGGGAAGGCAAGAGAUAAGUCUGCAAAGGGCAGACAUCAUAAAAGCAUGUUGAAAAGUUACUGCCAUCGGUGCAUACUGCGGUAGAUUGGUCAUGAAGGAUGACUAUCUCUGACCUUCCCAUGGUUGGUUUUAAACAUCUGCUUACCCUCAUUUCUUGCAGACAAAUUAUUAAGAAGGUAACAGGACAAUGCCUGAGUGAAGUUGGACUGGCAAACAAAGCUUUUUGCAAUCAUAAGUGCAGCCCUGCAGGAUGAAAUCCUAAAAUUUGCAGGAGUGUAUAUCAUACUUAAAAGGGACUAGAGUUUUUGUUUUCAGCUGAAGAGUCCCUUUUUCACCCACUCUUACCCCCCUCCCCCCGCAGGAGAUUCCUCCAUUUGAGACAAAGGGAGUGAUGAGAGCCAGCUUCUCGUCGAGAGAUGUCGACAACCACACAGCUUUCAUCAGAAUCAAAACCAACGCUCCCAACGAGGACCAGUUCAUCAUCCUCCCAGUGGAGGUGGAGGUCACAUCAGGUGCAGCUCCAAAUUUUAAGAAAUGACCAGUGUCUCAUUUAUGUAAUUUUUUAAACUCAUUUGAUCAUUUAUUUUCUUGAUAGUUAAACAUUUUUUUCUCUCUUAUCCCUGCAGCGCCUGGUAUUUACUCCUCCACAGAGAUGCUUGACUUUGGUACACUGCGGUCACAAGGUAAUCAGUCCCAGAAAAGACGCUCUACUUUCUUGUUGUUUCUUCCUUUGUGCUGAUCGCUCACUCUGUCUCUCUCUCUCUGUGUUGCAGAUCGUCCAAAACUCCUGAACCUUCACCUUUUAAACUCAGGAACAAAAGAUGUUCCCAUAACAGUAAGUGCCCUCAAUAGAUUCUUAAAAACCUUUAACAGCCCGGUUAACCCUUUAAGUAACAUCAACAUGUGUGUCUGCUUCACAGAGUGUGCGCACAACGCCAUCAAAUGAAGCCGUCACAAUAGAUUUCAAAGCAGUCACACUGAAAGCAGGAGAGAGCAGAUAUACCAAAGUUGCAAGUAUAAGCUUUGAUGGUAAGUUCAUUCAUGCCCCAAGGCAGUCAUGACUCUGAUGGUCCCAUUACAGUGGACGCUCUGUCCACAUUUAAUCCAUUAACCACACAUGUGCAACAGAUAGUGUAGAGAUGGGUGAAUUUAUUAAAGAGUUCACAUGCAUGCAUCACAAAAAACUCAAAGGGAAACAUGCAACUUUGUGCUAGCUAUUCAUUUCACUUUGAUCAGAGUAAACAAGCGACAGGUGAUUCUGAAAAAGGAGGUCAUGAUAAUAUUUCCUAAUGAGGAGAUACUGUUCCUCCAGCAGAUGCAAAAACCUGAUGAUCAGAGAUGUUAUGAAACAUCUCUUAGUUUUCUCAUCUAUUGUUUUUUUUUUAGAUUUGUUUCAUAAUCAUACUUUAAAAAGCUAAAAAAAAAAAGGUUGCUCUGGAAGUUAUGUAACCGAUGAUGACUGUUUAGUUUUCUGUAAAUCUUUUUGAUUCCAAAGAAAUUAACAGAUGUGAAGCAGCGAUGCAGAAAUACUGAGUUGGUGGCUUCGAUUUUAUCACACUUAUCUAAGCAGGACAGUUGUAUGAUGUUGGCCCGGAAGGUCGACAACAGGAACAUUUAUGGACUCAAGAACAAUUCACUGACCUCCAGAAAUAUGACCAUGACACAAAACUGUUCUGUCAGACGUUUACAAAAACAUAUUCAUGAAACAAAAAAAUAAAAUUGUUUUACAAAUUACAAAAAUCUCCCAGCAAAAUUUUUAAAUAUUCUACAAAACAAAAACAAAACAGUUUCACUAAAUGAAGCAGUUUUGCCAUUAUUGAAACAUGUUUGGUGUGAAGUGAACUGUUUUUGCCGUCAUGAAGUGUGUGUGAACUUAAACUUAAGGACCUUAAGAGUUUUUGGUUUAUUUCACACCUGUAAUUUGAGGUGUGGUUUAGGCACCUUAUUCUUUUGGUGUUGAAUUAUAUUGUUGUGUUUUUUUUCUUUUUUCUACCUUGUUUGCUUUUUAUGUAGGAAAAUAAGUUAAGCAAAGAAAAGUUUCUUUCAAUGCUACAGUGCAGCUUUAAAUUCCUAGUUUCAAGCUGACUGUUUGCAAAAGGUGUGUUCAUAAAGCAGAAAUACACACUUGCGUCUUCAAGUGGUGUCAAAUGGUGCAUUUAGAGACACCACUUCCUGUAAGACUCGGCUCUAAACAGGGAAACGGUUACUUUUUAAAUUCGAACUGCAAAGUUUGCAUGAUGUCAGUUUCCUCUGAUUUGUCUUUACUUCACAAACAGAAGAAAACAUGAGUAAUCAAGUGUUUUUAGGUAUCAACCUCCUCUAACUGGCUGAAAGUUCAAAAUAAAAGAAUGAUAAAUUCAUUUUUUUCUUUUCUCAUAAUAAAAGUAGAGUCUCGAUUAUGAUCUUCUUUAGCUUUAAGAGUUUCCAUCAUGUUUUUUUCUCUGGUGGUUUUUAACACUUUACAGUUAAGUGUUGCACAACUUCCUCCUGUCAGGCCCUGCGUGCUUCUGCAGGGCAUUUAUCUGCUGCUUUAAUCUUGUUUUUAUUUUCAUUUCAGCCUCAAAAGCAAGAAGACCGUAUCAGUUCUCUGGAAAAAUAACAGUUAAAGCAAAAGAAAAGACUUACUCCAAGCUUGAAAUCCCGUACCAGGCGGAGGUCUUAGAAGGGUGAGUGACUCUGUGGGUUUGCAGGGAGAGUGGGGGAGUCAUGUUUUAUAUAAGAGGAAAGUGGUUCUAUAAGCGGUUUCUCUGCUCUGUCACAUCUCGCUGCAGCUACCUGGGCUUUGACCACACAGCAACACUGUUCCACAUCAGGGACAGCCCAGUGGACCCCGUGGACAGACCCAUCUUCCUCACAAACGCCUUCAGCUUUGCUAUCUGCAUCCACAAUGUGUCGCUGCCAGAAGAAGCCAAAACCAUGUUUAAUGUGAGUGCCAGCCCAGUGUUCAGACAGAGUCCUAAUGAUGGGUACGCCUUGCUCAUUGGGAUUUCACUGUUUGUGUUUCAGGUGCAGAACUUCACUGCGGCCAUUGUUAUCCCCCCACAUGAGUCACGAUAUAUCUUCAGCCUUCUCUUCCGGCCAGUUCGACCCUCCAUCCACAUUGACAGCAACAUCCUGCUCAUCACAAACGCAUCAAAGUUUCACCUGCCAGUCAGAGCCUACACAGGCUUCCUGGAGGUACAAAGUCAGGGCACACUUUCUUAAUUUUAUUUAUAGGGCAUCUGUUUACCUUACAGCUAGUGCUGCACUAAGAGCAAAUGAAUCAAUAAACAAACUGUUUGCAGCCUUUUUUUAGUUCCUGGUUUGCAGAGGCUGUGAGCAUUUACUAUUUAGACAGAAAAGGAGUUUGAAGUUUUUGUGCUCAAUAGAGAAGGAAAAAUGAGGAGGACACAUAAAGCCUUUUUUUGUUGAUUUUUGCCGUUUCUGUUUCAAGUAAUUUAUCAAUGCAAAGGUUAAAAACUUUUUACAUUUCUCUAAGAACACAAAAGACAGUAUAUAAAGUAAGGCCCAGUUGUAAAAAUAUAUGUACCUGUAACAAAAGUUCCACAUAAAGUUGUGUGUUUUUUGGUAGGACAGUGUAGAUGUGAAACUUCUUGGUAUAUACGUGUGUAAUCUGGUGUGUUUAUUUUUUUUCCCCAUGUCUUUUACCUGAUGUGAACAGCCUCUGGUCUUGCCACCCAGUCUGAAGGAAAACUUACUAGACUUCGGUGUUCGCAGCGCAACAGACACCAGCAGCAUCAUGUUUGUGGUGGUUAACAGUAACCCAAUAGAGGUGAGAGUCGGUUCACACAUGUAACUACUGCAGUGACAUUAGUCUGGUUUUCUGCUGCACUCACUUGCGGCCUGAGUGUCAUUCCUGCUGAUUUAACCAAAACACAGUCAGGUCCGCUGUGUGAGACACUUAAAUCACAUGGUAUUUUUUUAUGACUUUACUCACAUGUUCAUUUCCACAGUCAUAGAUUAUUUACUCACAUGAACUCUGCUGCUUUGACUGCAGUGAGUAUUAUGUGCUGUUGUCAUUUGUGUCCCUUUUAAAACUCCUCCUUGUUCUGCAGCUGGAGAUCAAGUCCUGGCUGGUCACAGGAGACAGUCUGUCCAUGGAGCUGCUCAAGACCGAGAGAGGAAACACGACAGUGGCUCUGAGUCGCAUGAGAGACCUGCAGAACACAUCAGCCUCACAACACAAAACAGUAAGACCUCCGCAGUGUCGCUUCAUGUUAUUAGAAACAUGGCAAUAAAUUAACUGUGCCUCAUAUUUAGAAACAUCUAUAAUUUUAUCACUUAUUGUUUAUUUUUCAUGGACUAUAAAGUGAGUGCAGCAUACACGGGGUUUUUAUGGUUCACUCCCUUCACAAACCCUGACAGAGGAGACUAAAACAGGCUGUCACAUGAAGCUAGUUUAACACCUGAUAUAAAAGCCCAAAGUUACUACGAGCGCUUUCACAGAAAUGGGUGGAGUUUUCAAAAGAAAAAUACGAUCUGAUUCGUAAUCUUUCUCUUCCACACACACGUCCCAGCAUUUCUUGUGUUUGGCACUCUCCAUGUUUGGUAAAGCUCUCAGGCUUGAAAUGCGCGAAGUCCGUGGCAAACAAAGUGUUAGCUGCCGCCCCCUUCUUUUACAGUGGAUAGAGUGCAUUGUGGUAUUUUUGUAGCAGAGCCACUCAAAGUCUUUCAGCCACUCUGAAAACAGAGAGACUUCUUUGCUGCUUCUGGAUCCACAUUCACCACAUAACCAUCACCAUCACCAUGAGUUUCGCAGCAUUAGGCAGCCUACAUAAGAAAUCCCACCGUGUUCUCUUCAUCUUCUUUUCCUACUGACUUUGCACCAGUUAGCUCUCAAUAAUGUAACAAUAAAGCACGGCAAAAGGGAGUGUUUGAGCUAAUAUCUACCCAUUAAAAAACGCAGGUAUUGUGGUAAACUCCAGGUAAAAGCCAGGGCCUGUAUUCACUCUACUAACCCUAAACAGAGGGAUCACUGUUAGUGCAUUAUUUUCACCAUAUAGGAUUAACAUCUUAGAUGGAUAAAAUAGUCUACAGUGUGAUCUGCCCUGGCUCUGCUCUCUUCUGUUCAUCAUGAGAGACAGAACUGUUAGUGUGACAUCUCAUGUUAUUCAUGAACCUUCAAUGUCGUUGGUUGUUUUACAGUUUUGUCAUUUUGUUCAUGAUCUUUCUCCUGAUAAGUGUUGUUGUGUUGGCGUGUAGAAGUGAGUGCAGUUUGGAGUGCAUUUCCUCCAUUUUCCCCGCUCUCCCUGUUUCCUCAUAAGUUGGGGAAACUCUUAAACCUCCUAAAAGUCCUCCUCACUCCUUAAGAUAUUUUAAGAGCUAAAAUGCUAUAACUGAAUAAGUUUAGUCUUAACUUUUUGGGAAAAUUUAUUAAAUAAAAAACUUGUGAUUCUAAGAAUUCUCUUAAUAUUUAGACUCUUUAGACUAGGCAGCUCUUGAAGAGCACUUGAAUCAAGGACGAUGUUAAAAAGCCUUUAUUCCCUCAGGGCGUAGCCCGUAAAAAUCUACAGCAGGGAGAAAACCUGUCUCAAACUCUCAUAGAGGGUGUUGUACUCUCUUUCUGUCUUUUGACCCUCCCAGUGUGCAGGUGGAGUUUCAGCCUACCUGCCGCGUGAUCUUAUAAAUAAACCUCACCUGUUUCUGUUAUUACACCACACCCUAAUGAAGAAUCUGUGAGGGCUGAACCUGUUGUUAUAUUUCCUGAUUGUUGUCGAUUUUUAUGAGAUAUACAUAUUUAUGAAGACUUAGAGGGUGAUGCCCACAAAUGAAUCGAUCAUGGAUUGUGUGUUUUGUCUCAAGGUUGACACCAAAUAAUAAGGCGGUGUCUGAUUUCUAUGAAGCUGCUGUUCGAUCAGCAUUUUAGCGCUUUAUGUUUAUGUGAUUCAUCAAAGUUAACAUGCUUUUAAAGAUGAACUUGGGUAUUUUUCUCUCUUUAAAGGUGAUUUUAGCAUCCGGAUUUUAUGCAGUAUUCAGAGUGACACUUGUUGCAAAGGCGCUGGAGGGCAUGUACGAUGGAGCCGUUCACAUAACCACAGAUUAUGAGGUAUGCAGCAUCAAUGGAAGCCUGUUAGAGCUGUUCUUUGUAAAAUGCAUAAAGAGGAUUCGGUCUAAUGGAGCCAUGAUUGUUCUUUCUUUCUUCCCCCUCAGAUAUUAACCAUCCCAGUGAAAGCUCUCAUCGCGGUGGGCACAUUGAACAGCUCUCCAAAGCACAUCAUUCUCCCGCCUUCCUUUCCAGUGAGUAGCAUUAAAGUCUGCUGGUGUGCAAAGGUUUCACAGCUGGUCUUCACUAACUGAAGAUGAGUUUAAGUGUCAUUUAGAGAAGAGUACUUUCCUGUUGAUCGCUGGAGGUGUUACAGGUCCUUACAUGUCCGUACAUGUGUGUUUUUGUUUUUUUUGUUUUUUUUAGGGGAAAAUUGUUCAUCAGAGCUUCAGCAUACAGAGUUCUUUCACGCAGAAAGUGAGGCUCCAGCAGAUCCGCUCUCUGACAGAAGAUAUACGGUUUUACUACAAACGGCUCCGAAACAACAAAGAUGAGCUGGAGCCUAGACGUAAAUCGAAGGUAGCUCCUCAUCUUACGGUCAGUGACACAACACAGCCCCUCAUGACCAUAAAGCUCAAUUCCUGUCUCACAUUUCUUUCAGGUGGCAAAUAUUUAUUUCGACGCAGGCUUGCAGUGUGGUGAUCACUGUUAUGUGGGGCUGCCAUUUGUGCUCAAAUGUGAGUGUAUUUAUUUAUUUUUGGUAGGUAGUAUUCAAAUCUUAAAAACAAGAGGCAAAGAUGUAACAAACAAUCUUUUCCCCCCUCACAGCCGAGUCAAAGCCUCACGGGCUGGUGUUACAGGAGGAUAUCUGGGAUGCUGACGUUGAUCUUCACCAGAAGCUCCUCAGAAGAUGGAAAGAGCUGAAAGAGCGAUCAGGACACAAGUAUGACAGAUUUUGAGAACAGGUUGCUCUGAAAGGGGUCUGUUCUCUGCUUUACUGAUCAUCGUCAUCUUCAUUUUUCUUAUUUUCUGUCUUCACUCGUAUUUUUCCUCUCCUUUUCCUCAACCCAAAUCUUAAACUACUAAAAAUCCAAACUCACAAGGCUUAGCACUGAACCGUCAGUGGACCACAUUAACCAACGUUUCCUCGAGAAAUUUGUUUAAUAUGUUUGUAAAAAAACUCCUCAGACAGGUCUAAAGCAGUUUCAUGAGUCUGGUCCUUAACUGCAGAGUUAUUCACUUUAGUUUCCCUGUAAGCUGGACUGAAUAAACAAAGAGAAACACCUCUCCAUUAACCAUACUAACCAUAACAGGGUGUGACACGUUUAAAUUCAGCUGUUUGUUGUCUUGUUGUGUCUUGCUACUGUUUAUCCUCUUCCUUCUGCUUUCUCGUGAAAAGACUCAGCACUGGCUGUGCUCUUCAGCAGCUAUAUUUAGCAGUUAGAGUUCAGUGUUCUUGCAGCUUCGGUUAUCAAAUUGUCUCAGUAAAUUAGAUUCAACACCGACAAGCAAUUUAAAGAAAAUCACAAGAUGUUUUCUGUUUUAAAGGGUUGAAGCUGUCUUUGAAGUCAACACAGAUCUUCAAAAAAAUGUACAAGCUAAAGUUACAGCACACUUGUCCUGGCCCUCUCUGAUCAACUCCUCGCAGCAAAUUACAUUCCCCCUGACCAACACAAACAGCUCCUCUGUGAGUACAAACAAGCUGCCUCUUGUUACUGCAUGUGCAAAAGCAGAAACUUGGAUGUUUAAAGAUGUUGUCUCUGCAGGAGGAGGAGGUGAUCCUGCAGAAUCCUGCAGACGUCCUUGUCUAUGUCCAGGUUCUCCCCCUGGCCCUUUUACCAAACCCCUCAGUGUUUACUGGAAGGUUAGCCGACAGGUGAGAAGUCUUCUUCACUGCAGCACAUUUUACAUUCUUAUUUCCUCAUCUUUCUCAGACUGCGAUUUCAUUUUGUUUUGUAGGUUUCCAUUAGGAAAUUUAUCCAACAUCAACAUUGACACAAACACCUUGGAGUUUCAGGUUCACAGAAAUCAAGUGAGUCCUCCAAGUUCCCUAUCUUUCUGGAAUUCACUGAAUCAGCAGGUCGACUUAUGACUGCAUCACUAAUCACAGUCUACUUGUGUGUGGUGGGAGCAGCAUGUGGAAGCUGUUUGUCUCUAACAAGCUCUCUAUUUGUUUGACAGACGUCCUUAAUGAGGAGCAGCACGGGCUUCGUAGAGGGAUCAACCAGACCCUUUGUGUACAACCUCCUCCUGCUGCCUGGAGAGGUCAAAACAUUCAACGUGAGGUUCACUCCCAUCAGCAACCACAGUGUCACCUCCCUCCUUAUAGUCAGGUACCUUCAGUUCCUUCACAUCAUACACUUUUUCUAAUAAAUGUGUGUUUCCUGUCCUGAAAAAGUGCUCCUCAUUGUUUGCCUUCUCAGGAAUAAUCUGACCAUAAUCGACACCAUCUUACUUCAAGGCCGAGGAACCACAGAGAGUCUGAAAGUAGCAGGGAAGCCUCCAGGACAAGGCAGUUCACUGCGGUUUAAGAUGACUGAAGCUCUGUUAAAAGACUGCACAGACAGUGAGUUUCUAUCUCUGCAGCUAAAACCAGUGUGACUGUUUCCCUCAUGGUAUCUAAUGUUAAUGAAAUCCUGAUGAUCAGGUUGUACCGAUCUCACCAGACCGACCACAUAGCAGGGCGUUGCAGAUUAAUUUUGGACUGUUCAGAUCCAGAGAGGGGUCAGCCCCACUCUGAAGGCAGAGUAGUGUGUGUUUGUUUGCAAAGAAGGGACUGCAAUUAAAGAUGAGGCUUUAUAUCACCACUGAUUAGAUUUGAUUAUGGUUUGGUUUCUGAUCUAUCUGUUUUGGGAUAUUUCUGUUAUGACAAUUUUGUUCAAAUAUAAGAGAUUCUCAGGGAACAAAUUAGGGGUGGGAAUCACGAGUAGCCCCACGAUACAAUAUUAUCACGAUACGAUAUGAUUGCGAUUUUUAACAUUUUGCAAUACAGUGAAUGUUGCGAUCCAAUAUAUUGCGAUUUAUACAAUUUAGCAUUUGUUUUUCCUUUAUGUUUGUUUUAUUUACACAGUAUUUUAUUUUCAUGUAGCACAUCUUGCAAACCAUAUAUAUAUAUAUAUAUAUAUAUAUAUUUGUUGUACUAACUUUCUCCUGCUCUAUGAUGCCACCUCUGCCAACCUCACAGGACAAACAGUUGAUUUUAUUUUUCAAUUAUCAUAGAUUUGACUUCAUAUUAGUAAUCUUUAUUUAACCAGGAAAUAAACCCAUUGAGAUUCAGAAUCUCUUUUACAAGGGAGUCCUGGCCAGGAUAGCAGCACAAGAAAAAUAUAUAUUAGUAAUUAAUUUAAAAAAUCGACACAUGGUCAAUGAGACAAUACAUCACCAGACAAAAUACCAUGAUACUAUGCUACAUCGAUUUUUUUCUCCCAUCCCUAGAACUAAUGCUGUUAAAGAUCUUAACUGAUUUAGGAUGGACUUUAUGCACAAUAAAUAUUUUAGCUGUUACAACAGCUGUAAUAAUUUGAACUUAAGUAUGAAUUUUGCAGCUUAAACUCAGACCUGGCUCUGAGCAGGUGUAAAGUCUUGCAUAAGUACUGGUUGCCAUUAUGUUUUUAAAGAUGGGGUAACUUGGAGGAGGACAAGAAGUCAAGGUGUCUCCAGACGUAACAUGUUCUCCAUGAUACUUUACAGACAACAACAUUUUAUAUGAUUUGAUCUGUACUCUCACUGUCGUUUUCCAUGAGCUGCUAAAUUGCAUAAAUAUGUUAAACUUGGCAAAUACACCACACAGUAUCAGUAUUGUAAUAACACUUUUGAUUAAUUUUCCCCUUAUCACAAAGCUUUGUCGUAUUGUAAGUCCCUUAACAUAAUAUUACAUCCAUCGUGUUGAUUCCAGGUCAGAUGUUGAUGAUGUUAUGCUCAAUAUGUUUAUGUUGUAGAAUCGUGAUACAUAUAGAUACAGUAAAUCUAGGAUGUGAAUGUCAUUGCAGCAGCCCUUUACAUCAGCUCUAGUGAGUUUUGAUGCAAAGGAUCAACUGAUCUUUUUAUACUGAUGCAUGAUGCUUUGUCAGAACAAGUCCUAGUCCUCACAGUUGCAACACUUUCCUUUCUGCACACAGUUUCGGGAUGGCCACAGCUCUCAAAUAUUUGUUUAUUGCCAAUGGUGCGUUACUUGAUUUCAGCAAAUUGAAAGCAUAACUGCACGGCCAUAUAUUGAAACUUAUGAAAGCAGUCAGGUCUAAGUCAUAUUCAGACAUGCAGAGAGCUGGAUGACUAAUCAAGUGGUUUUGGAGAUUUGCAGUAUUUCGAAACUCUUCUCCUGUUUUUCCUAUAAGCAACAUUAACACUGUAAGUUUCCUUUUCAAAACUGUUUUUUUUUCCAAGGAAAGAUCUCCAUCUAAAUAGGCAUUUCAGCUCUCUGUUGUAUCUGAUCUCCACCCAUAAUAAGACGCUUUAGGAUACACUCAGUGACAAUUCAUGUAGACUAAUAAUUUGACUCAAUUAGUAAUGAAACAUCCUCAAUGUUAUAAAAGAGAAAUGUUUAAGACUGAUGAAUGUGCAUUAAUUCUCUCUUUCGUGUUUUUCAGAGACAAAAGUCAAGGAGCCGAACUUCACCCUCAAACGAACCUUCAGAGUGGAGAACACCGGCCUGCUCCCCAUCACCAUCAAAUCAGCAGAAAUUAACGGGCAAGCGUGUGAAGGAUACGGAUUUAAAGUUCUCAACUGUCAAGAAUUUGCACUUAAGCCAAACACAUCAAAAGACCUCAUAAUCCUGUAAGUUCUCUCCUUAUCUGUGAGUGUAUAUACUGUGUCUUUUUUUUCUAGACCAGAAGACCACAAAAACUUCCUGAAGUGACCAAGUUCUUAGUUUUGUGUUACAGAAACAAACCCUUUAUGAUGUGAGACCUCAUCUUAUCCUUGAUGUUAUUUAGCUCAAGUUGUUGACUGUAGGGUUUAAAAAGAAGUGAGCAAAAGGUGAUGGUUAAAAGAGAGACACUGUCAGACUUUUUAGGAUGUGAUCAUGUUGCAUCAACGAAGGUUGAUUCAUGUUCAGGCUUGUUCAUGCAAAACAGUGGGAGUUUUGCAUGAAUGGAUCUCAGCAGAGAUAGUGGAGAAGUGAGAUGGCUCACUCUUCUGCAGCUCAGCUCCACAAAACAAGGUUGUUGCUCAUAGCAAUAAAAAAAACAACAAGAACAUGCAGUCGUAAAAGGUUGAAGUUGUUAACAGUUCAGUUUGUUUUCAGUUAAUUUUGUCUGUGAACUCUGGUGGCAUUGUUGACACAUCAUUUCACCCUGAUUCCAGGUGCUCUACUGUCAUCAGAGGGGCUCUGAGAUUGUAGUUAUCUUUGGAUAUGGACAUUUUUUUUAUUAUCAUGGGUAUUAUCAGGAUACUUGUGUUUUACUUCAGAACAGUUAAUCUGUAAUGGCUUCAUUCAAAUCAGGUCCAAACCUUUACUUUUUACCAAGCAGUGGAGGAAUAGUCUGCGCAUGUUACAGUUUCUGUACUAUGACCGAGAGUCAGUCUGAGUAAAUAGACACUACAUGAGACUCCAGAGUGUGCGUGUGUUUGUGUGUUUGUGUGUUUGUGUGCGUGUGUGUGUGCGUGUGUGUGUGUGUGUGUGUGUGUGUGUGUGUGUGUGUGUGUGUGUGUGUGUGUGUGUGUGUGUGUGCUCUGCAUCAGCCACAAGCUCUAUUAAUACUCUUCAGCCUCUCUGGCUGAGUAAGCCUUGGGUAAGAGGAUGAAUUGGCUCUCUGUCUCUCAGCUGCCUCUUCUGCUCCCCUUAAGUCUCUUUGUUUUUCAUCACCCAGAGUUCAAGUUAACCCUGACAAAUGAAAGCAAUUUUUUUAUUUCAUCUCCUCUUCCUCAAACUCAAAAUUAACAGCAACUCUGGACAUUAAGAUUAACAUUUCACAACUUCAAGUUCUGGUGCUUUAGUCUGCACAUCCAGACCUCCAAUCUUACUGUGCUUCUGCAAAAUGUUCAAUCUGUGCCCCACAACUACAGCAGUGGAAGCAAAUGCACUGUUCUACAGAAAUAACCAUCUGUGCUUUUUAGACUUGUGUUCUGAGGCUUUUUGUAAUGAGGUUAUUUGAGGAUGAACCCUUUGGACCCUGAACUCAACAUAAAAGUCCGUUCACUUGUGGUCUGUACUGACCUGAGGAUCUUUGACAUUUUAUUGGCAAGUUCAGUGUGUGUUUUGGUCAGCGUGCCUUAAUCCCCAAAUAUAUUUCAAGAGCAAUAUGUCAGCUCUGUUUUUGCUACAGUUAGAGCUGGAGGUGCAUUUUUGUACACAGUCAGUUUUGCUAUGACACUGUCUCACUGUUAUCAAGAUGCCCACUAUCAUCAAUAAGAGUCCCGGUAUCACUGAACCAUCAUGCACAAGAUCAGGACCUUGUCAUCAUUAUCAAUAUAACCAGUCCAAGGGAGUGAACUUUAACCUGAGCAGAGGUCUGAUCUGCCUAAAUGUGAUAAAGACCCGUGGAGGUCUUAUCACCAACACGUGCACAUUUAUCAAAUCAGAGCCACUUAUUGACUGGUUUUCUGAAUUUGAUAAACUCACCUGCUGUAAACUGUAAAAAAAACAACAAGAGUGUGAAACUGUCAGUGGAGGGUGGACGUGCAAACUCUGAAGCUGUUGUUGUUGGAGUAAAAUCCUGAGUACAGCUGAUUUGAUUUUCAGAAUAACUGAAUAGAUCCACCAAAGGUUUGAACUGGAUCUUGUUCAAAAGCUUGAGGUGCUUGAUGCUUUCUCCCUGUCUCUGUUUCCUUCAGUUUGUGAGUCAUGCAUGUUUUUGAAGUGAGAGAAUAAGAGGAGAAUCUGAAACUGUUGUGAGCAUUCCUGCAGCAUGCCUCACUGCAGGGAUCUUUCACUUCACAAUGUUUGUCAGUCAGGAAAGAAUUUGCUGAUUUUGUUGGAACAAAAAGCCACAAAAAUAAAAUUCCCCGUACAGGUUUGAUUCUUCGACUGAAGGGUCGACCUCUACAGAUGCAUCAUUAGACUUUUGAGUACUUCUUUGUAGACUCUUCAACAAACAAACAGACAAACAAACCAAUAGAAGAUGCAGAGCAAAGAUGUUUUUGUUUGGGUGAGAGCUUUAUUUUAAAGUUUGCUUCCCUUUCUUCCAGGUUUACACCCGACUUCACUUCAUCUCGAGUGAUCCGGGAGCUGAAAUUAGUGACAUGUGGAGGCUCCGAGUUCGUGUUUGUCCUGAACGCCUCGCUGCCCUACCACAUGUUAGCCACAUGUGCAGAGACGCUGCCCAGACCGAGCUGGGAGCUGGAGCUCUACAUCAUAGUGUCUCUCAUUAUGAGGUGAAAAUUAUUCCUCGAGCAGAUCCUUCAAAGCUUUGAAAUAUAGAACUUGAACAUGUUGUACAACUAAGCUAACAUUUAUUCCUGUUUGUUUUGUUUCUGUGUGUCUCUUGUAGCGCCAUGUUUCUGUUGGUGAUCGCCACCGCUUACCUGGAGGCUCAGAGCAUAUGGGAGCCUUUCAAGAGACGAGUGUCGGUAGAGUCCAACUCCACUUUGGAGACUGGGAGACCAUUCAAUCUCAGGGAAAUCGUGCAAAUUCACAGUGAUUCAAAGUAAGUGUGAACAAGAAAAGGUAAAGUUGUAGCUCAGGUAAAAAAGCGGUGGGACAAAUAUAGAAACAGCAACAUAUCCUUGUCCCGACUUCUGGUUUAUAAUGUUAUUUUAAAAAAAAAACUCAAAUCCACACUCUUUCAAAAAUACCUGCUGUUGAGCUUUUCAGGUAGCCUCCAGCCUAAAACCAAAGGGGUAGUUUAAUCUCUCCAAGCAUUUUCUUCCUAUUUAAGUCAUGAAAAGUCACAAACAAAACUUGAAAAACACAAGAAUCCAAAAAUCCAAGAACUUGAAUUGAUUCUUUUCAUCAAAGUCGACAUUUGUUAGACUGAAAAUGUGUUUCAAUUCAAUUCAAUUUCAAUUCAACUUUAUUUAUAUGGCACUUUUCAUACAGAAGGAGAUGCAAUUCAAAGUGCCUCACAGAGGCUAAAAACAACAAUAAAGACAAAAACCCAACCCUUUCACCUACCCACCCACACACCCAUGGACCCACACCCACACAGAGACACACACCCACCCUCACAUACACACACACACACACAACCGCACACAGUGUGAGAAUUUAAGAUAAAAUAAAAUUUUGUGAGGAAAAAGGAAAUGAUUAUUCUCUACCUCUCAGUAGAACAUUACAUGUCAAUGAAACUUGAAGAGGUUGAACUUCUUAUCUGUGUCUGAAAACUGAGCUCCUCUCUUUAGACUGUUAGUGAUGUGUUGUAGAGAAAUUAGAGAGGAAUUUAUUAGAGGAAUUUGUUGUCUUUGCACAAGAAACAAGUGUGGUAUAAGUGGAUGAAGUGUAGAUGCAUCAUUGUGUCAAUGAGGCAUGGCAGUGUACUGACUUUUUCUUUGCUCCAUCAGGUUUAAUGAUUACGGCGACUCAGCCCAGAGCUCCAGAGGAGGUUAUGUGUCCAGUAACGGAGCAGCUCGGGGUGGAGGCCGACAGGGCCGCACCUUGUCGGACUCAGACAGCCAGGAUAAGAGGUCCAGCUUCAGCCGCUCUUCUAUGCAAGCUUCCUCCUCUCAGCUGAGCAAAGGAAGCACAGCCUCAGGACAGGAAGGCCCUGCCUGCCAGCUCACCAACCGCAAAGCUAGGAGCACCAAACAGUUGGACCUCCAUAGCCAAAGUUCAGCCCACAGAGGCCUCGGCUCUGAAGAUUCAGAAUACGCCAACCUGAUCGGAGCGAUGGACAACGACCUCGACCGUCCAGAGUCACUCAGCGGGGAGAAUCUCCAGGAGCAAAGCUCUCAGUCCAUACAAAACAAAGGUAAAUACACAUUUUCAUGAAGACAAAGCAGGGAGACAUCAAGGCUUUGUGAGACAUUUACAAAAAACUGAGGUCUGUAUGUUUGUCACCUGCAGUGUUGGAACCUAAAGGGAAGCUGCGGGGCAAAACAAAAGCCCAGAGGAAGAAAGAGGAGAAGGAGAAAAAAUCAUCAGCUAAGACUCAGGGAGACGAGCUCAAAGAUAACCUGGCCGACAACGAUGACAGCUCCUCCACCACCACAGAGACCUCCAACCCAGAUGUGGAGACCAGUAUCAAAGAGGUAAAUGAGACACAAACAACGUUAUAGUCCAUCUGUCUGUCCGUCAAGGCUGUUCUGUUCUUAGAUGGAUCUAGUUUGAGUUUGGCAAACGCUUACGUUCAAAUUAUCUUAUAAGAAUGACAAAAGAGAAAAACAAACAACAGUUUGUAAUUUUAUAGAACUUUUCAAUCAUUGAGAAGUUGUUGUUGUCUUUCUUGAUUUGGACUUGUACCAGUGAAUAUAAUGGAUGUUGAAAAACAACAGUUGUGGUCUUCCUGUAAAUGUUUCCAUCAUUUCUUCCAGGAACCAGUCAAAAAGAAAGGACGAACAGUAACAACAGUGAAAGCAAAAGAAGAACCUUCACAUUUUUUAAUCAAACCGAAAACCAAGAAACCAGUGACCACCAAGAAAGAAAGCCCAGCAGAAAAAUCCAGGUGGGUCACACUUGAAGUCUAUCACACAUGUUCUUGUUUCUUUCUAUAGUUUCUAUAGUUAAAGGUAAUUUUACAACGUAUACAGCUCAUUCACUGUCAUAUUCUCCAGUCCUUAGUCUAAAUGAGAAUGCUUAUUCAUUGAGGGAAGUGGUCAAGAGCCGUGAGGCCUGUUUAAACAUAGACUUUUGAAGUCCCUGUAACAUGGGAACUCCAGAUAAUAAUUCCACAUCAUUUCAGCUCAUGUAGGCGUAAUAUUUUCAGGAACUUGCUGUUCACACACCCAGGACAUUUAUCUGUGUCCAACACGCUGUGUGACUCAUUACUCCUUGUCUUACACAUGUCGGCUUCUGUGAGAGAACAUUUGUAAUUUUUUUCCAGUAUGUAGCACAAGACCAUUCAUCACCCAGCGGUCAUUUCUAUUAUUAUCUGUUCAUGUUUUUUAUAAACUUGUGGUAUUGAUGUUGAAUUUUGUACUUUGUCAUUCUUGUCUGUUUCUGUAUUAAAGUUUGUUCUUCAUCUUGUUUAAUUUGACAAACCAGUAUCACUCUCAGUUCUCUGGAGCUGCCAUAUGUCACACCACGGGAGAACAAACAACGAAAGAGCUUCACAUCCAAAGCUCUGUAUCCACUCUCCAACAUCCCAAAGAGCCGGCCCAUACAGAAGCAAAGAUGUGAGUUUCUCUGCAUUGAAUCUGAAGCUCUGCCUCUGCUCUUUGAUUCUCCACUAAAUGUGCGUUUGUGUCAUGGUUUUUUCCACAGUAGACGGGAAGCUGGAAGAUGGACGCCCAUCUCUGUUGUCCAAGCUCUUCACCAGCGGCUCGGUGCCAGAGCUCGGACACAGCAGCAGCUCAGAGGGGGAGAAGGAGUUUGCACCCCCAGAGUGGGAUGUUCCUCUUUCCAAAAACAGCGUCCGUAAGUUGAAGUCUGGAACCUCUCAUAGCAUCCGAUGUCCUCUCUAUUUUUGGACUAUGCAGAAGUUUUUGGUGCCCUAGCCUCCAGAGUCUGAUACAAUUAGAUAUGAAACAAUACUUUGUCAAUGUCACAAAACAGUGACUCAGCAACACUCUGAUAUAGCCUCUGUACAUGGAGCACGCUCAAACUGCAAGGCCAACAGCACCCUGAAGGUUUUUAAAGAGUGCAGUGUUCAGUCAGCAGACAAAUACUGCAAAGAAAAAUGCUGCGCCAGUCUUGAUUCUUAGGAAAAUGUUCUUUUACUGUAAAAAACUGCUAUAAACGUUGAUGUUGGUCUCCCCAGAGUCUUACCGUCCUUGUGUAAAAAGGUUAAUUAUGCAUGUACAUUAUAUGAACUUCAUAUAUCUUUUUAUAAUUGGUUUAAGAUAUGUGCAAAAAGUGAAAAGUGAAGAUUCGAGAAGUCACCUAUCAGCCACUUAAAGGUUCAAUUUUCCUCCUUCCUUCACAGAAGCUGACAGUCUUCAGCAGAUUUCCCUCCAGACGAUAAAUGCAGAUCCUUUCCUGAAAAGAUCCGUCACAGCCGGGGCCUGCUCACCUCCACCCACAUCACCCAGCGUAGUGUUCAGAGGCACCUACAGCAGCGUUCUCAACAGUAACAGGUACAGACUCUGUCAGAGAUUCAAACUGGGAAGGUGUUCCUACAGAGCUGUUUUGUAUCAUCUUAUUGGGGUGUGAUUUAUUUAUUUUGCUGUAAAAUUCCUCUUUUAGUUCUUGUGAGCAAAACAAAAUAUAGAUCCCUAUCUAUUAAGAGGAAACUCUUUUUGAAGUGUCAGUGAAAUCGAUGAGUUUUUUAUCAAAAAUGCAGUUUGAUGAAAUCACAUUCUAACUAUAAUUAUGACCUUUUAAUUUUCUGUCCAGCAAAGCCACAUGACUCCAGCAGUCAGCCCAAAUGUUGACAGAAAUAGCAUCCUCCUGCUUAAAAAAGAGUUGAAUGUUUAUCCCAGUAGAGUGAAAUACAAUGGUACUCUUUGUUUUCCAGUAGACCAACAACUAACCUUUAUCCAUGUUGUAAUGUUGAUGUUUCUGCAGUGAGGGAAACCAGAAAAAGGCCCCAGGGAACAAACUGUCUGCAGCCACCCCACUACCAGGAAAAAACGGGAACCCCACCUUUGCUGCUGUAGCUGCUGGAUAUGACAAAAGUCCAGGUGAGACAUCCAACACUUCGUCACAGUGAAUGUGUUAUUUUUUCUUUGGUUUGUGAUCAAGACAGUGUCCUAUGCUCUUUUCAGGUGGAUCUGGUCCAGGUAAAACUGACACCCAAGCAAAGAGUCUGGCACACAUGACAUCAGUGGAAAGUGACAGCUCUGACAGGUGAGGACAGGAGAACAGAGAAUGUACACUUACAUAAAACAACACAUGUCACAUUAACCCUUUUAAUGCAGGCCUCUUUUUCUGACGUUUGAGUAUUUUAAAAGAAAAACAAAUACUAAAAGAUUAUGUGUCAAAUCUAAGCAAGUUAUUUUCUUAUUUUAAGUUUAAAAAAAAGUCUUAAUUUAAGCCGCUGUCACCUGUUAAGUCUAGAAAAAGACUCAUUUCAAGAUAUUACAUGCCAAAAAUAAGACCUGCAUAACUUUCAGUGAGUAAGGACAGAAGAAAUGGAAUAUGGAAUAAUGACUUCAAGAUUCUUGAAAUAAAAAGUGUCUCAUUUAAUGGACUUCAGAAAAGUAGCUUUUCUUAUUCUAUUGGCAGAUUUUCUCUGACACCUUUUAUUGUGAAUGUUUUUCUCUCUUGAAGCUCUGGAUUAUGGAGUCCCAUUGACACAGCCAGCAGCCCAAAUUUCUCUUCUGCCAACUCGUUUUCUGCUUUUGGACCAAACAAUUCCUUCAACCUGACAGGAGGUAAAGUAUUCAUGCUAACAGAUGAAUGUGGAGGAGCUGGUGUUACAGUCAAAGGUUGACCUGCCACAUUUAUACUGAGGCCUAUGUUUGUUUGUUUCUUCUAGUUUUCAGUGGAAUGAAUCUCCCAAAGACGUCAGAGCCUCAGCAGAGCUGGCCUGAGUUCACCCCUGUGCCCUCGUCCAUCUGGGACAUGUCGUGCAGCGACCCUUUGCACUCCUGGCCCAGUAGCUCCGGCUCACCCACAGCACCUACUGCAGUAACUACUUUUUUUGUUAUUUUACACCCACUGUGGCAUGCAUGCUUGACAGUGUAUCAGCCUUUUUUCCUGUCUCAAGCCUUGAAGUGUCUCCACACUGUUGUAACGCUCCCCUUUUCCCCCACAGUCACUCCUGGGAAACGCCCGCAAUCCCUGGUCUACAACCACGCCCUUCGGCAGCUCCAUCUGGUCAACGAGCGCAGAUUCAGCCUUACACCCUUUCCCUCCAACCACCAACUCGACCACUCUGACCGAUCUUGUUAGCAGUCCUGCCCCAUCUCCACCAGCGACCACCGAGAUGAGCUGGACCUACAACCCGUGGAGUAUGUGGCGCCCCACCCUGAGCAGGCGCAGCUCUGAGCCCUGGCCCAGCUCUUCAGACAACGGCAACUGAAUCAGCACAUGACCGCACUUAACAGAAGCACAUCUAAUGUGAUGUAGCCUGAACGCUAAAUCAAAUUAUUUUACGAUCAGAGAAUCCCGACAGAAAGCAACAUUAUCUGAAGUGUGAUGGUAGUUCUCUCUGCAGCUUUAUUUUGAAUGGGGGCCGAAACAUUUUGGUUUGAAUUUGUUUGAACAGAAGCCCUCUAAAUCAUAACAUGAUAUGCCAAUGCCAGUGCAGACAUUUUGCUGUUAGAAAGGCUGGAAAUGCUAUUGAAGUUUGAUACACAGCGGCUCUAAAAUUCAGUAUUAAUGUUGGAUAUUAAUUGAAGCCAUGUGGAAUCACAAUCAGUUUGAUUGAUUUGGUAUAAACGUUGGUUUGAAACACAUUUGCUUUUAAAUUAUUGCACUAGGCUUUUAUUAUGCAGCAGGGAUCUUUUAAAGUCUGAAUCAUUAUUCUUCAGAACCAAAACAGCCCAAACAGUUUGAUGAAUGUUCAUUUUUCCUCAUUUUAAACUGGACUGUGGCCGGAAACUCAAAGUUCUCUGUGAGAUAAAUUGGUCGGUAAUCAUCAACUCUUAUGUUGGACGUUUGUAUUAAACAUCUCUAUUUGUCAGCAGAUUUAAUAAAGGACUUCAGCAGAUCGUUA